GUUGUAACGAAAAUUACACAAGAAUCUUACGUGUGUUCAUCAAUAUUUGCAAUCCAUGAGUAUGACUACUGCAGAAGCGUUUGCAUUUUCGCCUAAAACCUUGAAAAGUUUUUUUUAUGUAUCAGAAGAACUUCACGCAUUAAUUGGAACUGUGAAAGAGAUAGCUGCUGUCACCACACUGGAAGAAGUCUUGAUAGGGUUGAAAGUGUAUAUUUGUAAAAAGCGUUUGUUUGAUCCUCAUAAUCCAUUUAGAAUUUCAUGUCAAAAUGAUGAAUUAGCCUCUGUGUUUGGUGUGGCGGACUUUACGUUUCUAGAGCUAAGGAAUAUUCUUGAGAUGCACAUAAAGCCAAUUGAUAAAUGUGACGUUAACUCAUUUCCUGAAGUGAUGAAAGCCAUAUCUGAUAGCACAGCAAAACGAACACCAGAUGAACCAGAAGAGACUACCAGAAAAAGAAAGUGUUCAGAAAGUUAUUCUUCUGUGUGCACUUGUAAUAAACAUUCACCUAUGGUUUUGUACAUCCCUACAUCUCCUCUUCGAUGUGCUACAUCAGGCUCUGCUGAAAGUAUUCAGGUAAUUAAUAUUGUCGCUUGUGUGAAAGAUUCAACUGAGGAAGAUGUAUGGUCUGUAGGAAAUGAAAGCAAAUUCAUUGUAGCGGAGGAAAGGACUUUUGAUGCUGAGAUAGAUUCAGAUAAUGGAACACAAAUUGGUUCUGAAAAUGAAGGAGCUGAAGAGUCUGCUUUAAAUGCAGCUGUUAUUAGAUUCACAUCCAGAUCUGACAGUGAUGUUGAAUUUUGGGCUGAUCACAGUUCUGAAGAGGAUUCACCAAUACCCAGAUCUGAUUUGUGGAAAUGUGAAGACUGUCAAAAUUUGAACAAGCCCUUGCGUAGAUUUUGCUUAAGAUGCUGGGGUGAAAGACCAAAUUGGUUGCCUGAAAAUGAUAAAAAACUUAAAGAACAGAAAGCUUCUCUCAGGCGAAAAAGGCAAAGGUAUCUUGCAAAUGUAAGUAGAACUGACCGUGAUUCAGCUCCUUCAACUCAAGAAUCUUUAUCAUCAUCUCAAGAGAUAGCAAAUACUGAUGCUGUUCGAAAAAAUACGUUGUGUAUAAUUUGCUGUAGAAAACCAGCAAAUGCGUCAAUUGUGCAUAGCAGAUAUGCUCAUCAAGUUGCUUGCUAUAAAUGUGCAAAAAAGCUGAAGAAGCAGAAACAAAGAUGCCCUGUAUGCAGAAGAACUAUUGACAAAGUCGUAUAUCAAGUAACUGCAUUUUGAUUUAUUUUUUGAGUUUGGGCUUUAUGGUAAUAACUAAUGCAGUUCAAUCUGAUGUUACUGUGAUAAAAUUGUAUAGAUAUUUAUUCAAGCUAAGAAGUGAUUUUUUUUUUUUUUUUGCCAGAUGGUUCACUCCCUUUUAUUGGGCUGCUGAAAAAACCUCUCAGUAAAGGGGGGGGGGAGUUAACUUCUUGAAAAAAAAUAUUCUAAAACAGGUCUUGAGUAUUGAAACAAAAUAAAUUUGUAUUAAAACUUUAAAUAGCAGAAGUUAUUUUAAUCAAAUUUUAUGCAAUGGUUUUCUUUAAAAAGCAUUUUAAUUGAAGCUAACCUUAGUUUUAAACCAAGCUAUCAAAGAGAAUGUCUAAGUUUAUGGAAAGGUUAUUAAUGGCAUUUGUAAUCACUUAAAACAUGUAAUAUUCCAUUAUCUUCAUACAGAAAUAAUCUGUUGUACUUCAUUUGUAAAUAUCAAUCCUACAAAUGUGCAUUUGUUGUUCAGUUACAAAGAGCAUAAUCUUACUGUUGCAUACUUAAUUACAUAAUCUAAAUUUGGUUCUUAAAUUAUAGUAAAAAGUAAGUUAAAGUUUAAAUUUAUUAUGUGUUUUUUUUUUUUUUUUUGCUUAAAAGUGUUUACAAGGCUCCCAUUUGGUUCCCUUUUCCUUUACUUUUUUAGUUUUAUUUUGAAUUUUCCAUGCAAUCUCUUUUAUUCUUUUUUAUCCUUUAAAAAAUGGAUGUUGUUAACACCCCUAUCCCAAUAAUUUAAAUUUUGAAGCAUGUCAGGACAUGUGACAGCUAGUGUUCAAAUUUUUUUGCUAUGUGCAGUAAAUUCAUUCCGCAUAGUUUCUUGUUCUAAGCAAAAGUAAUCUUGAUUAACAGGGUUUUUUUUUUUUUUCCAGCUGGUAAAUUGAUCGAAAUAGGUUGAUUUUCAACAAUCGCAUGCGCCCGAUUUCCGAAUACUUCAGAUUAUUCAGCAUACCCAUAACUUUAACAUUUAAAAGUUAUGAUUAAAAUCCGUUUUCAAUCCCUAUUUUUAUAGAAUUUUGGUCCCUUUCCUCCCUAAGGGGAAACUAAAAAAUCUGUCGGGAGACCUGUAUCUCAAAUUAAUAAUCUGAGUUUUAUUAAUUGUUUCUUUGAAAAUUCAACUGAAAAGUUUUAACAGUAUGGUAGAUUUUUUUUACUGAUUUAUAAACAGAGGUGCUUCUUAGACAACAACAUUGCUUUUAAGAUGUUCUUUUAUAAAAAUGUUUUCUUGAUCUCGACUCCAUACCUACUCAAAUCAACUGUUUUUCACAAGAAUUUUCUGCUUUUAUAGGCUGUUUCCAAAUUUUCUGCACAAGUAUAAUUUCCCCCCUCUUUUUAAAAUAUACCUGAAGUUAUGGGGGAAAAAAAGGGAGUUAAAAAUCCUCACGAGAUUAAAUGUUAGAAAAAAGGAUAACAUUUGCAAAAUAUUACCUGAAAUUAGAGAUGGAACAAAGCAUUGGCCAAGGUGAAUCAUGAGCUGUGGUUUGGCCGUUUCAGCCUGAAACAAUUUAAUGCUGCAAAUUUUCUUUUACAAUUAUUAUUUUUAAGAUAUUGUCUUUUAAAUUCAAAAUUGUACCCUAUGAUGAAUCAUAACAGAAAUGUAUAUUUAAUUUUAAAAUUUGUGUGCAUUAAACCUUUGGAGGCAGAACUCAUGAAGUUAUUUAAAAAUAUACAGCAUUAAACAUUCUUCAAAUAUUUUUAGUUUUAAAAUUUUGUUAAAUCCUUUGCUAAAAAUAAAUACUAAAUGAUGGACUAGUAAGAAAGAAGGCAUGGUAUUACUUUUACAACUUAAUCCAAGAUUUAAACAUUUUCCAUUAAGAAUGUUUGCAAAUUUAUGUUAAUAUUAACACAUAAUCUAAAUAUUAGGUACUUUAUUAAUGGAUAAUUCUAUGAUUUGAGGACUAAUUUAUCAAAAAGGAACGUAUUCAUUUUCUAAUCAUGUUCAGGAGGUGAGAAAAACGAAUUAGGGUAAGACCAAAAUAAUUUCAACAACUUAUGUGGGUACAGAAUUGAGCACAAAAGCACAGGAAAUCGUGGCCCAGGGUAAGAAAUAUUAGUGUAAAAAUAAAAAACAAGGAGAUAUCGCCAUCUUAAUUUUGGAUAUGUGCCCUUUUGAACGAAAACCUGAAUGUUGAGAAUUCCAAUUUCACCACAACCCUAAUAUUUCACCUUCUCAUAUUCUCUUAUCGAAACCUAAAAGUAGUGGAAUAAAUUUGAGGAUCUUGGAAAUGUGUUCCUUUGAAUCUAAAAGUCUUCGUACUACAGAUUCUUUCAGGAAAAGGUCCCUUUUUGUUCAAAAUAAAACAUGCAGGGGUCGGAUUUGUUACUUUUUGAUCAAAAAGCCACACUUUACUCUUAAAUAACCACGGGUUUUCCACAUUUGGACUUCUAAGUGAUUUGAUAAGUGCUAUCUGAAAGAUUUAGAAAAUGUCAUUAAAUGAAUUUUUCUGAAAAGUGGUUAUGUUCCCUUUUGAUAAAUUACUCCUCACUUAAUAUUUGAUCACAUCAGUUGAUUAUUAUAAACAUUAACUUAAUUGUUGAGCAUGCCUUUAAUAUUCCAAAUAAUGCUUUAUAGUACUUAUUCUAAUAAAAAUUAGAAACGUGCUUUUCUGGAACAAGGGCAAAGCAAAAAAUCUUAACUAGUAAUAAUUAUUAAUUUUAAAAAACCGCAGUGAGCAGAAAAUGUGUUGGCAAAACAAAGAGUAGUAAAGUAUAUGGAGAAUAACAUGAUGUUAAAUGCAUUUAUUGUGCGUUAAAUGCUAGAACUCAACAUGUGGAGUAGCCAAAGCCUAUUAGUUGGCGGAAGCUUCAGUAUUCAGCGCUUCAGCCAAAUAGGUCAUCGUGCUAUCUCUAUCUGAAAUAUCUUUUUUUUUUCAUUAUUUUUAACUCUCAAUAAUAUUUAAUAUUGGCCACUAAUGUUAUUAAAAUACAAUUCUGAAAUUAUUUUGCUUUAAGAAGCUCCUUUAUUUACUACUUCAGUUGUUUACAUUUUAAAACGUAUGAUGUUUUUGCAUCCAUUCCGCCCACUCCCCCUUUCAAUGCUCAUGAAGCUCACUUUGAAGACUAGAAGAUAAAAUACAUUUUCACUAAAACCUUAGAAAAUUUCUUAAUGGAAUUCACAGAUGGUUUUCAGUGUAAGCAUUCAAAUUUCAUAAAAUUAAAUACUGAAUUGCUAGUUUAGUUGAGUUUUUUGUUUUAAUUUUUGUCAAGUAUUGAAAUACAUACGUUAUAUUUCCAAUGAUUAGAAGAUGGUUGAAUUAAAGAAUAACUGAUAAAAAUUAGUUGCAUGUGGAAAAGUAAAAAAAAAACAAAAGUUGCUGACUAUGCACAACUUGCAGCAUCACCAUAGCAAUAACUUAGUUCAUUGUGAUGAAUAAAUGUUUUUAUGAAGUAAACAAAGAUUUAUUCAUCAUAAUUAAAUGAUUAUGUAUUUAAAGAAUGCAUUAAAUAUCUAAAAUGAAACCAAAAAAUUUAUUUGAAAGUGCAAUAUGAUGCAUUUGAUAUUAUAUCAAUGUCGAGAAAUGCUUUAUGUGUUAUUGAUAGUUUCAUUAUUCUCUUGGAAUAAUUAACUCUAUUUUUUCUGCUAAAUAGUAUUUAUUAUUUGUUUUCUGAAAUGUUCUUUUUAAUGCACGCGCAUGCAAUUUUUUUUAAAACUUAUUUUUGUUUUUUUAAAUUAUUUUGCAAAUAUCUUAUUUCUUUUGUAUUUUAUUUAUUCUCAUUUUGUUUGCAAUUAAUUAACAGUUAAGAAUUUACAGAUUGAGGUACUUUAUUAACUACUUCAGCAUUAAUUCUCUCAUUUUUGAUUUGUAAAGUUUUUUAUUUUCCACUUUAUUGUUUUCUUAUAUGAUUGUCCGUUGAAAGUAAAGUUACAAUUUUCUAUUUAAGUAAUUUGGUUGGGAAAACUAACUUGUAAAAUUUCCUUUUUAAUGUAAAAUUAUUCUUUCUUCUGCUUUCUGAUGUCAAAUGUACUGUUUUUCUCCUAUUUUUUGAAAUAAAAUCUGCUUUUUGUUUCCUCUAUUG